CUAGUGUAAACCCCUUUGGAUUUGGUUGGGAAUAUGACACCCUCGAGAGAUCUAUUCGCGAUGAGUGACACACUUCCAGCGUCUGCUAAAGAAGACAUAAAAGUAGCAUUUGUAGUCAUACUGGACGUCCUAGUUGCUGUUGGACCACAAAUCGGAUAUCUUUUUCAGUUCGUCAACAUUCAUCUAGCACACAGUUCGUCUGGAUACUCUCCUCUGGUCUCGCUCAUCGUGUUGGGUAGUAAUACAAUCCGUAUUUACUAUUACUAUGGUUACCAUUAUCGCCUGUCUUUGGUUAUUCAGGCCCUAUUAUCUAUACUCGUGCACCUAGCCCUUCUCCACAAGCUGAUUACUCUAAAUACAGAAGAACAACAAAUAAACAACAGGUACUACAAUGGUAACAGAGAGGUAGUGGUGCUUGAAGGCGCAAAUUCAGCUUUCGUUGCUGGAUACCAGCCAAACCUCAUGUGCAAGGAGGAGUCUACGAUCUCGACCCCCACCGCUACCCUACCUCUCAAUCAUCGGGGUGAUGACCUUAAUUCGAACUCGCCUCAAUGUGGCUUUUGCUAUGCCCUUCACCGGCUAUUAAACAUAGUGGAAACUCGGUUUAACUCCACAAAUCUCUCCAAAUUCUGGGCAACCUAUAGUCUAUGUGCUUUGUUCGGCCUUAUAGCUUCUGUUUUUCUUUUCGACUAUACGGGAUAUAAUUGGCUCUCGGUUGCUUUUGUUGGGUAUUUGGCCCUAUGCACGGAGGCGCUUUUGCUUGUACCCCAGGUUAUUCGAAACUCCAAUGAAGGCUCUACAGAAGGACUUUCACCAGUUCUCAUCUUCUGCUGGGCUGGUGGCGAUGUGUUGAAACUUAUUUACUUUAUCCUUAUGAAGCAAUCAAUACCUUUUUGGGUAUGUGCUAUUUUCCAGUUGUUUGUAGAUUUUGUGUUACUUGGACAGAUUAUUUAUUUUGGUUGGCAAAGACGUGUAGAUGAUAAUGUCGCUCCACCUCAAGUUGGGAACAAUCCCUCUCCAUAG